UUUCUUCAAGAAUCCAAAGCAAAGAAACAGAGACACUGACAAGGAGAGAUUAAAAAUUAAGAUUAAGAAUACAAAAGCUACGAUUUUCGAGCCAAAAAUGGAACUUAAUCAAUGCUUCGUUCUUAUUUUGGGUACUUCGAAUUUAUUGUCGGUCACAGGUCCUCUGCACAAUCCUUUCUAUAGGUCUCUUCACUCUGGAUUUCCUGGAUUUUGCGGUACUAGAGUUGAGGAGAGUUCUAGGGUUCUUUGUAUUCUCAAUCACUCCGUUUCCAACUCCGACUGCCAAAGCUUUACCUCGAUUUAUUGCAGGUUGUUAAAACAGAUAUCCUUGUCGUAAAUGUAGUUGCAAAUGAAACUGUUUGAGUCACCCAUUUUCUGAGACUCUAGGGUUUUAUACACUUUUGUCGAGAUAGAAAGAGAAGAUGGUCAGAGUCUCAGAGGAGAAAUGGAGUUUUUGAGAUUUCAGGAUACUGGAAGGCUCUGUUUCUGGAGGAAAAUAGGAGGAGGCAUUAAGCAUUAUUCCUGCAAUAAGGAAGCUGUUCUGCUUCUGUAAAGAGGCCUUUUUGUGCUGUGAUUUUUGGGAUCCUAGCAGUGUUGUGACUUGUGAUUCCAGUGUGCUUCAGAAGGAAGAAACCCAUAUUUUAAUUUAUUUCUACUCUUUAUUGUAAGAUAACAAAAGUGAUUUUAGACAUACGCAGAAGUUUAGAUGGAUAUCUUCAAAGUAAAAAGAUUCAAAAAAGCUCGUAAACCGAACCCAGAGAAAGAUCUGGAGGAUAAACCGGUGCCACCACCUGAGGAACCUGCUAGGAGCGAAAAUGGAGGUGAUUUGACUAAAUCAGAUAAGGCCGAUCCUGUUGCUGAAACUGAGGAUGAUGAUGAUGAUGAUGAUGAUGACGACUUCAUAACUAAUGAGGUGAAAAGGAGGCUAAAAGAGCUGAGAAGGAACAGCUUUAUGGUUUUAAUACCAGAAGAAUCUUGCCCAGAAGAAGAGGAAGAGGAAGAAAAAGAAGAAAAGGAAACGACUUCAAGCCAGUGGAGGGACACAGAAGUGGGGGAAAAUUGUCACACAUGGUGGGAUUUGAGCACAAUGUAUGAAAAAUAUUGUGAGAGGAUGUUGUUCUUUGAUCGAAUGAGUGCGCAGCAGUUGCAGGAAGCAGGAUGUGCAGUUCCUAUCAACCCUUCACCAAGAUCUGCAUCUAAGAAGCUAGCAUCUACCCUUCGUAGCCUCUCUUUUAAGAAGCGGGAAGAGCCUCAAGAUGAGGGUGAACACUUGCAACAGAAGCAAGGUGACCCAUACCAGGAUCUUGAAACAGCGUAUGUAGCACAUGUUUGUUUGACUUGGGAAGCUCUUCAUUGUCAGUACACACAACUAAGCCAGAAAAUCCUGACCCAGCCUGAAAGUCCCACCUGUUACAUCCAUGCUGCUCAGCAAUUUCAGCAAUUCCAAGUCUUAUUGCAAAGAUUCAUUGAAAAUGAACCCUUUGAGCAGGGUGCCAGGGUGGAUCUUUAUACACGAACAAGAAAUUCCUUGCCCAAGCUGCUCCAGGCUCCAGAUAUUCAAGGCUUGGACCAGAACAAAGAGGAAGAAGCUGAUUCACCGGUCCUUGCCUCUGACCUAAUUAGAAUAAUUGAGGACUCAAUCCUUACCUUCCGCCUUUUCUUGAAGAUGGACAAGAAAAAAUCUGGUAGUGUUCUGAAUCUAUUUGGAGGCCAAAGCCAGAUUGCAAGCCCACUUCAGCAGAUUCAAUCUUUCCUUGAGAAGAAGGAGAUGAAACUGAAGGAACUUCACAAAAAGAAGGGAGGGAAAAAGAAAUCCUGGCCUACAACAUUGGAAGGAGUAGAACUAUUUUUCGGUCUCGUCGACCUUAAAGUCAUUGCAAGGGUUCUGAGGAUGGUGAGAAUAACUAAAGAACAGCUAAUCUGGUGUGAAGAGAAGAUGAACAAGCUUGACAUAUUAGAAGGCAAGUUGCGGAGAGAUGGUUCUCCUCUCCUAUUCCCUUGUUGAUCCCUUGCUGAUGUUGGUAGGGAACUCGCCUUCCAUGUAUAAAGAAGAGUUUUCCCUUGCCCAAGGAGUAGAGAUAUUGGAAUAUUUCAUCUACACGGAUAAUAUGGAUAAUAUGUGAGAGCACAAGGUACUGAUCAUAAUGACUGCCAUAUUUGUGGGAUGUGUUGUUUCUUAUCCCUUGGCCAAGCCCCCUAUGUUUCAAACUUUUUUCUUAUAGUGACAUUGGUCCUUCCUUCACAACCUAUUUGCCCUUUGAGCAACAGAUACUAUUGAAAACAGUAAAUAUCAUAGGGGAAACCCUCUGAUAAUCAGAUCAUAAAACACACAUCCAAUUUUGAAAUGGUUGGAUCCAACCAGCACACAUUGAAAGUCUGAAACUCAUAUCUUUAAUUCA